GAUUGUUUUUUCUUUAUUUGCGAGUGAAAAAUAGUGACGAAGGUGAAAAAAUAUUUUGAUUUUUAAAUUAGUGACCCCAAUAACCCAUUCGCGAGUGUGAUUACGUCCCAAAAUAGCAGUGCAAGGCAUCGAAAGCAACAAAAUCGCCAAGUGCAGCAAAAUUUCGACCGAGAAAGCCAACUAUCAGUUCAACGGCUAGCCAGCGAAGCAAAACAAAAAUCAAGAGGGCGUAAAGUGGAAACUUUGAAAGUGUGAAUUGAUUUUGAUACAAUUAAAGAAAUAAUAAUGUCCGCUCAGUCUUUAGAGCGAACCGAAGUAAUCCUCUUGUUAUAAUCAUCAGUGUGAGCUCGGGUUUUGCAUAUUCACCGACAGUAAAGUCGAGCUGAGCUACUGUGGCUGUGGACGGAGGUUAUCUGUCUAGCGUACUGUUUUUUCUUUAUUAUCUGGACAGUGAAUCUUCCUAUUUCUAAUGUAAUAUUAUGGUAACACGAUUCGAACGGCUGAUGGGGUGCUCCUCUAUCCCGAUAGGAGAGGCCCCGCCUGAGGACGAGACGCAGUGUUCAGGCCGGGGUGACUGUCUCAAUGGAACCUGUCUUUGUGAAAUUCGCUACAGCGGGGACGAAUGCUCUGGCUUUAACCUGCCAUACCAUGCGGGCAUCUCUUCCGUGUUCUACUUCGUCGCUUUCAUAUCUAUGGUACAGCUAAUGAUCUGUAUUAUCGCGGAAUAUCAGCGACUAAAGCAGCCAACUUUUCUACGUGCCUGUCGGCUGACAACGCAGAAGCUGCUGUAUUUUUUCGUUUUCAUUGCAUCGGUGCUCCGAGGGGCGUAUUUUACCACGCCGGAAACACUACAACCAGCUUGGGUAUCGUACCUGAUGUCGGCAUACUAUCCACUAGUGAUGACUUGCGCGUCACUGGUCGUUUGUUUGUGGGCUGAGAUAUUCCACCUACGCGACAUACGUUGGGAGCGUUCACAAUUCCUGUCCAAAAGCUUUCUUGGCUUUUUGGCUUUCAACUUACUCCCGUACAGUUUAUUCCUGUGGGAAAUAGCCUAUUCGCAUUUGUUUUCCGUCAGAAAUACGCACUUCUUCAACGGCUGCUAUGCAGCACUUCUGCUGAUCGUGGUCAUCUUCUUUCUCAUCUACGGUGUGGAAGUGUUUUUCAAGGUACGCGGUGGUUUCGUGUAUGAUUUUGGUGCAGUUCCAACCAACGAGAAUGUUAACGCCUCACAGUUACACCAGUCCCGGUUCGGCUUGCUGAGUCAGGCGAUAAUGCUAAUCGUCAUUAUCGGCUUCCUCACAUCGGAAACACUUGGCGAUUUGUGGAAGAAAAAGGUGCCCGUGUAUUCUCGCAACUGGCACGAUAUUGUGUUUCGUCUGGCAGAGGUAGGUGUCGCCCUCUGGUUUCCCUGCUGUCUAUGGAACUCGAUGGCUCCCGAGCAGUUGUGGAUUUUGAAUCCACGCAAACUCCUGACCCGCCAAAUCGAUCCGGUCUCGGCUGGCGCCAACAGCUCACCGGAACCGGAAGCUUCCACCUCCACCGCCGAAGAGGGACAAUCUUUUCUGGCCAAGAAGGAUUGCUGGAUUUGUUACGACAACGAGAAGCCGGAGCCGUUGAUUCAACCCUGCAAGUGCACCGGUGACGUUAGCUCAGUCCACCACGAAUGUCUCCGUCGGUGGCUGGUCGAAAGUUGUGCCAAUUCUGACGUCGUACUCCACUGCAAGGUGUGCGAAUCCCCGUAUGAAAUCGAAAGAUCUAAUCGUCUUGACUGGGAGAAAGGAUUCACCAUUCAACACUGGGCCAAGACGAUCAUAAUCGUGACGCUGAUGUGCAUCACCGGCGCGGGCGCAUGGGUUAUCAUUCAGCUGAACGAGGAUUCGUUUGUGCGAGUCCUAGUGGCCGGUUUUGCUAUCAUUAUCGGAUACAUUUUGUUUAAGAUGCUUGGGGAAAAUACGGUCACGGCGAUCGAGCGAGCUAAGGUGAGUUCGAUUAACAUCGUGACAUCUGCCAGCGAUUUGAACAACAGCAACAACGGUAGCGAUGUGCACGAGAAGCUCAACACCAUCUGUCAGGAUGUGGAGUGCAAAUGAGUUUUAAUUAUCAACGGGCAGGCUGCUUGAAAAGCAAAACAUGGAAAUCAACUGUGACUGAACCCUGCUCGACGCCGAAACGACAGAACAACUGUCUGCAUACCGUUGGCAUGGUGUUCUCUAGAGUGUAAGUGAAGAUAUGUUUUAGGCUUAGAAUAUUUCCCUAUGCAUAGACUAAAUUUUAGGGAUAGUCGAAAAGUGCAAGCAAAUUCUUGCGUUUCAACAUAGACUUUCGUGUAUUUAACGAGUGGUUCUACCUGACAACAUUUUACAAUACUAACCCAUGUAAUGCGAGUUUCGAACCUUAGCGAAGAAUUUUUAUAUGUUCUCAUCAAAUGAGUCUACAUUUGGUUUGUCCUAUUGAAUUCAAACGAAAAAAAAACGAAUCAAAGGGCCCUACUGAUCUGAAUUGAUGCAUUUAAAUGUUUGAUUGGCGGUGGGUGUCUGAUUUAUGUAAUGUUCAGAAACAACUAAUCGUGCUUUCCCCACUGUUCGUUUGUUUUGUUUUUUUUCUACUCCGAUAAACCAACUUAAAUUUACAAAUUACCUUUACCUUUACUACAAUGAUUAAUAUAACUUUGUACGUACUACAAUUCGGUUAGGAUGCUAAUUAUGUGUGAUUUUUUGUAUCAAGUGUCAUGCGUUUAUCUAGAAAUAAAAAAACGUGUUAAUCCUCUAUGGACUCAAUAAAGGAUGAAAAAACCGUAAAAGAAAUUGACUAGAAAAUUCAACAAACUUGAACUGGGUAAACUGUAGAUUUUUUUAUUUGUAAUUUUUUAACAUAUUUUACUGUUUCCUGAAAAAAAUUUACGAUCCCAUUGAGGGUUGUACAAUAGAAUCCCGUUGGUUCCGAAAUAACAUAACUUACUAGGGCGCUGAUUCGAUAGUUUUUUCAUUAGUUUCGACAGUUGUUACGAAAAUUCAAAUUAUAUAUUUUAGGGUAUAAUAAAUACAAUCAAAAUUUAACCAAAAGGUAUGUGUAGGUCAAUUUUCUGGCAUAUUUGUUUUAGUACCUGUAGUUGUAGAUUGCAAGCAAGCAUAGAUUCGGUGAUCUCGUGGUGGUUGUAACGGAAGCUGUCGCUAACUAAAAGAACUGUCGAAUGGGCAAACCAAGAAUUGCAAAAAUAAAAACUAAACUCGUAGGUUUUAUUAUGCCCGGUUGUGUUAGGCUAUUUUAUUUUCACUGGGAUCAUUGAGUACCAGCACAAACGAGGGAAUGUAAUUAAAUAUUACUAUUUGGUUUCGCUUUAGUAGAAUUUGCAUUGAAAUGUAAUCAUAAUAUGUGUAUGAGGUUUUUGUUUAAGUAUACAUUGGUUUAAUGGAACGGUUCAAGUCAGUUCAUCGGACUCAAUAAAUAUUAUGCAAUGUGAAGUGUAUUCCUUGGUUCUGUUGAUAUGUUAGUUUGGCGUUAAGAAUGUACUAUGAACAAAUUGUUAAACAACUCUAGUAGCGACUUAAUCUGAUCGAAGAUCCUUAUCUAUCACAUAUAAAAAAAUUAAAUUGUAGCAGCGUACUAAAAGUUGAUAUUAAUUUCAACCUGUAGGCUGUAGCGAAGAAAUCGUUUCGCUCUCGUAAGUUUUAAAAUAGAUAAACAUGCAAAAGAUCAUACAAAAGAGAUUAUUAUAAAGCGAUAACAGAGGCGACGUUGAUUCGAAUAUGCAUAUUUAAAAAUAAAUAUU